CUUUCAGGCACCAUCCAGGGGAUUUUUUUCACCACAAAGGGUAAUUCCUGCCCCAUCCCUGCUGUGACUCAGCGGUGACGUCGAACCACAGAAGCCAGAGAGAAGAUAAAGUCAUCAGACUCCUGCUCACCAGAGAGGGUGACCCGGGCCAGAACUCACCUCUUCUCUCAGCACAAGCUCCACGAGGCUGGUCCCCUGCCCCAGGGGAGCUUAGACGGCCCCCACCAGCUGGCCUGGGACCUCAGGAUGGCCUCUGGCUCAGCCAGCAGCCCCCGCCCGGCCCCCGAUGAGAACGAGUUUCCCUUUGGGUGCCCCCCCACCGUCUGCGAGAACCCAUCAGAGCCCAGGGCCCUCUGCUGUGCCGCCUGUCUCUCUGAGAACAUGAGGAACAGCGAGGAUCGGAUCUGUCCCAAAUGCAGAGGAGACGACUCCCAAUCUGUAAGCCCAGGAACCCUGGUGUCUCAGGAGAAGGAUCACCCUGAAGUGGCCGAGAUUGGAGUUGGGUGCCCCUUUGCAGGUGUUGGCUGCUCCUUCAAGGGGAGCCCAAAGUUCAUGCAGGAGCAUGAGGUCACCUCCCAGGCCACCCACCUAAACCUUCUGUUGGGCUUCAUGAAACAGUGGAAGGCCCAGCUGGGCUCUGGCCUGGGGUCCGGGCCCAUGGCCCUGGAGCAGAAUCUGUCAGACCUACAGCUGCAGGCUGCCGUGGAGGUGGCUGGCGACCUGGAGGUGGACUGUUACCGGGCGCCGUGCUCCGAGAGCCAGGAGGAGCUGGCCCUACAGCAGUUCAUGAAGGAGAAGCUGCUGGCGGACCUGGAGGGGAAGCUGCGUGUGUUUGAGAACAUUGUCGCUGUCCUCAACAAGGAGGUGGAGGCCUCCCACCUGGCCCUGGCCGCCUCCAUCCACCAGAGCCAGCUGGACCGCGAGCACAUCCUGAGCUUGGAACAGAGGGUGGUGGAGUUGCAGCAGACCCUGGCCCAGAAAGACCAGGCCCUGGGCAAGCUGGAGCAGAGCCUCCGCCUCAUGGAGGAAGCCUCCUUCGACGGCACCUUCCUGUGGAAGAUCACUAAUGUCACCAGGCGGUGCCAUGAGUCGGCCUGCGGCAGGACCGUCAGCCUCUUUUCCCCAGCUUUCUACACAGCCAAGUAUGGCUACAAAUUGUGCCUGCGGCUCUAUCUGAAUGGGGACGGGACGGGAAAGAGGACCCACCUCUCGCUCUUCAUCGUGAUCAUGAGAGGGGAAUACGAUGCUCUGCUGCCUUGGCCUUUCCGGAACAAGGUCACCUUCAUGCUGAUCGACCAGAACAACCGUGAGCACGCCAUCGAUGCCUUCCGGCCCGACCUGAGCUCAGCAUCCUUCCAGCGGCCCCAGAGUGAAACCAAUGUGGCCAGCGGUUGCCCGCUCUUCUUCCCCCUCAGCAGGCUGCAGUCGCCCAAGCACGCCUACGUGAAGGACGACACCAUGUUCCUCAAGUGCAUCGUGGAGACAAGUGCCUAGGGCAGGCGAGGCCGAGUGAGCCACACCUGACUCCUGAGGGAGCUCCGGCUCAGACUGGGGGUUAGCAAGAUGACUGAGGUCCUGCCCUUGGCGCCCAAGAUCCCAGGGCACAGUGAUGGGCUGGGCUGGCAGGAUCUGAGCAGGACUCAUAGAUGGACUGUGGCUGGCCAUCAGCUUAGGGCGGCAGGGCCUUGGGCUGGGCCCACAAAGGCAAAGGUCCAGAAGGAGGCGGCAGCAGGAUUGUUCUCUGCACUGACCACACAACACUGGAGGCUGGGGAGCCACUCCAGCCCUGAAUGUUGACGCGGGCUUUGACCAAGACCAGGAGGGAAUGGGGACCAGGCCUAGGGCGUGGAUGGUGAGCUGGAGAUAUAGGACCUGAAGAGAGAAGCUCUCGGGAUGAGAAGGUCUCCACAGGGCUACCAUGGAGCACUAGAAACAUGCUUGCUCUCUUCCUGCCCGUGGUCAGAACCAGGACCAGGAGGUGGAAGGGACCAAGGGAAUUCAGUCUAUCCAGGCCUGGACUGAGUUUCCCAUCACUGGAGGCGAACAAGCAAAGCCAGGGGGCUAACUUCGGGGAGGGCAUCAAAUUGGGGAUUGGCUUUGAAGACCUCUAAGGUUCCUUCCAGCCCAUAAAGUCUCUAGUUCUAGGCCUCCUGGCCCAGGUGAGGCCUAGGGCCGCAGAGGUUCUGGAAACAUUCAGGAGCCUCACGCCCUCCAGGGUCCUCACUCACCUUCAGUAGCACCAGGUGGGCCGAGCUGGCCCACAUGGCACCUGCCACCCUAGGCCUGGCAGCUCAGUUUCCCUAACAUGCAGGGGCACCCACAGGCCCUGCGUCCCGGGCCCCCACCAGCAAACUCCCCUUCACCUCCUCCGGGUGAAACCAGGUCACUGAGCUCCCAGGAGCAGCCAGAAGGAGCAUGGAGAAGGAGAGGGGCAUAAACCCUCCUCUCUCCCUGCCUGGGGGCCCCACUGUCAGCACUUUCCAGAAUCUCAUGUCUCCUGAUUACCCAAGGUAUUCACUUCUCUAGUUGGCUGAUCAGGGCCUCUGAGCCACUGAGCAGAGGUUGUCCUUUUAAAUAUGUAUAAAAACCAAAGAA